CCCCGACGCAAGGAAAGACGCUGCUGAGGAGGAAAUGUAGUUACUGUCUUGCCAGGACCGUCUUCUUUCGGUGUACAGAACUGUUGUAUCUGUAUUUUGAGAGAGUUGUCAACUCGCUGUAAGAAGUCUUGGUGCCAUGAUUAGAUGGGGGGGGGGGUUGUUAUUUUUGCAUCUCGGCAAUCGUGGUACACGUCAGUGAGCCCUGCCAAACUCAUUGCAUAUUUGAACUGGUUUUAUUUAGUGGUACGUUUAAUGUUUGUAAUAUAGAAAUAAGCCGUCUGCUCGAGUGCAUUGCGCGGCGGGGUUCCGCUGUUCUUCGGGACCGGCGGCGUGACGUCAUGCAGGAUCUGGGUUCCCGGCGCGGUGCUCGGAGCUCUCCGAUAGCGUCGUCUUUCUUAUAGACCUGUCCUGACUUCCACACCCUCUACUGUGCCUCGGGAAAAAAGCCGUUUCGGGAGCUUACUGUGCGGAGCAGACUCUGCUUCCGAGCCCCCCGGGCGCGGCUGCGGGGAGGAGCGGGGCCGCCGUGCCGAGAGAGGUCCUGCCCAGCAAGCGCCCGAUGCGCAAGUCGCCCGGGAAAGCGCACCCGGCCCCGGGGCAGGGCGUCAAGAGAAAGGAGAGACAUUCGUCGUCGGAUGAGCCUGCCGCGUCACGGAGCAGGUCCAGGUCGGACAGCGAGUGCAGCAGUGACAGCGAGUGGGAAGGCCCGGUGACGCCUGGAAAAUUGUCCUCAUAUGAACUGAAGCGAUUGCAGAACAUCAAACAGAACCAGGCUUUCCUGUCAUCUCUAAAUAUUACUGAGACCGCUCAGGCUUUGAAAGCCAAACCUGCUCAAAGAGGUCUCAAAACCAAGAGAAAGAAGAGCAGCCCAGAGGAGCUUCAGCCCGUACGCAAGUCCAUGCGCCUGCAGCGGCUCGACCCGGUGGGCGCGGCCCUCCCCGAGCAGGCCAAGGCCAGCGUCCCCGCGGAAACUUGGCGCCCGCCCCCGAAAGAAGGUCCGAUAGCGAUGGAGCCAGCAAACCUGUUAGAAGGCGGUGGGCUUCCUUCUGGUCUUGUGCGGCUCUGGAACGAGCCCAUUGCUCUUGAGACAAAGCAGAAAUUAGAUUUAAAGCAGUACAAGUCGGUCCUGGAGAGCAUGACCUUGAACGAGGAACGCGUAGUGAAGGCUGUGAAGCAUCGUGUGUUCUCCAUGGCGGUUCACCCCAGCACCAGCAGGCUGCUGAUUGCCAGCGGCGAUAAAUCUGGCCAUGUAGGACUCUGGGCCCUGGGCAGCGACCUGGGCGACGAUGGGGUUCUCCUCUUCGAGCCCCACUCCAGUCCAGUCUGCUGCAUGGCCUUUUCCACCACUCAGCCGGCCCACCUGCUCUCUGCCAGCUAUGACUGCAGCCUGCGCGCGGCAGACAUCAGCAGGGCCGUCUUUGAUGAGGUGUAUGUCCCCGACAAAAGCUUAUCAAGCUUUGAUUUUCUCAAUGAAGACUGCUCCAGCUUGGUUGUCGGUCAGUGGGAGGGGAAUGUCGCCGUUGUAGACAGGAGGACUCCAGGGACUUCCCAUGAGUCAUUGUUUGCGCUGGACACCAGGUCUCUCCAGACAGUCCAUGUCCAUCCUGUGAAGAAGCAGUAUUUUGUGACUGCAGGGAAGGGCAAUGUAAGCAUUUAUGAUGUCCGAUACUUGAAGAAGAGUAAGACCAGUUGUGCAGUGUCUUCUCUUUCCGGUCACAACCUGAGUGUAAAUUCGGCGUACUUCUCCCCCAACACUGGACACCGAGUGCUGACCUCCUGCCUUGACAAUACCAUCCGGGUGUUUGAUACUGCUUCGCUCAGCGGUGACGCCCCUCUCUUGCAGUUCGUAAGACACAACAUGCACACGGGCCGCUGGCUGACCAAGCUGCGCGCCGUGUGGGACCCCAAGCAGGAGGACUGCUUCGCGGUGGGCAGCAUGCAGUACCCGCGCAGGAUCGAGGUCCUCCAGGAGAGCGGCCGCCGCGUCCACACCUUCCAGGAGCCCCAGUGCCUCACCACCAUCUGCUCCGUCACAGUCUUCCACCCCCACCGGAACGCGCUGGCAGGGGGCAACGCCAGCGGGCGCGUGCACGUCUUCCUGGACUGAGGCCUUUCUUCGCCUUUUUAUUGUUGCUACAGAUGUUUUUUUGAUGUGUUUAUAUGUAUGUAUGUUUAUAGAAUUUAUUAAAUGCACUUAUAGACUAUAU